AUGAAUCCGAUUUUAAAAAUUUAUCAAGACUUUGUCCAUUUUGUUUCACAUGCUCAACAUCGAUUUGUAUCAACUCCGCUCGGAAUCAGGAAUCAUCAAUCAACGAGAGUUCAUCAAGAUAUCAAACUUAUCAUUUCAUCUCAUCAAAUCAAUACUACUGCUCAAAACCUAAACAGCGGUUUACUUUCACAAUAUAAAACGCUCCGAACUCAGGAAGCCAAGAAGAAGGAAGCUGCGGGUGUUCGAGUAGCGACAAAUGCUGGUGGUGUACCCAAGAAACCUGAAAAAGUCAAGAUUCAAUGUCAAAUCUGUAAAGGAGAAUUUAUCGCUUCUAUGCCUACCGUUCUUCGAGAUCAUGCAGCGAACAAACAUGUGAAGAACACCUUUGAACAAUGCUUUCAGAUUACAGUCUAA